UAAUAGAAGUGAAUUGGAGAGAACAAAAAACAAUCUCCAAAAUUUGCAUAAGCAGCUUCUUUCUUCUGGUUCCUUAGAGAGAAAAAACAAACAAAAAAAAUGGAAAUGGUAAAAAGUUUUGUGUAUCCACCACCUCCGUCGAUAUUGCUCAAUGGUAUGAGCGUCGUUGGAUUAGCCGCUCUGGCCAAGAUCGGUUGGUCUGAAGUGACUGGAAACCAUCUCAAAUACUCCAAAUUCGCCUCAUCAUCAACAUCAACAUCACCGAAACCACAGCCACAACCACAAAAGCAGCCAUUAGGGAGCAUCUCAAGCCGAAAUGGAAUGCUUUGGCUAUACACACCUGCGUUUUUAGCCGCUUCGGCUUCUUUCUUCGUCUUACCUUCUGAUGAUCUUAGGUUUCUUCUUGUCAAAUCCGCUCUUGCCCUCCAUUUCUUCAAGAGGGUCUUCGAGGUUCUGUUCAUACAUAAAUACAGUGGAGGGAUGGCUGUGGAUUCGGCUAUCGUCAUAAGUAGUAGCUAUUUCUCAUCCACGGCUUUGAUGUUAUACAGUCAAAACCUCACCUUGGGGCUUACCGAGCCAAGUUUCGAUAUGAAACUCGCCGGGAUUGUAAUGUUUGUGGUGGGGAUUAUUGGGAAUCUGUAUCACCAUGUUUUGUUAGCUAAGCUAAGGAACGAAGAUGGGAAGAAAGAGUACAAGAUACCAAAAGGAGGCUUGUUUGAUGUAAUCAUAUGCCCUCACUAUCUAUUCGAGAUUCUUGUGUUUUGGAGCUUCUUUCUCAUCUCUCAAACCAUUUAUUCGUUUACUUUCGCCAUGGGAACAAUGUGCUACCUCAUCGGUCGGAGUUAUGCUACUCGAAUUUGGUAUCUUUCCAAGUUUGAUGACUUCCCUAAGCAUGUCAAGGCUCUCAUUCCCUUUGUUUUCUAGAGAUUUCAUUACACAAAAAGAGACCAAUGUUUUGUUGUUGUUGUUUCAGUCGCCUGAAUAAAAACUAGUACUAUGUUUGAUUGGUUUGGUAUGUUCAAUUUUCCGGUUUAUAUGAUAUCGGUUUAGUAAAUUAACCAGUUUGGGUUACAUAACAGAGAGCUAAAAGCUACAAUGUAGCAAAGAUAAGGACUUUGUAUUGUUAACUUUGAUUGAGUUUA